CCCGCAAAACCAACUCCUCAUUGUUAUAUCCACUGGGCAAAUUUCAUUUUCCUGUAAUUCCUUCAAGUUCCUCUGGUUUCCGGCGAUCAGGUUAGGUUUCGAUGGACGCAAGCGGCAAGUUGAAGAAGGGAGCUGGUGGCAGAAAGGGCGGUGGCCCGAAGAAGAAGCCUGUUUCUCGCUCUGUUAAGGCCGGCCUCCAGUUCCCCGUCGGUAGAAUUGGUAGAUAUUUGAAGAAUGGCCGGUAUGCUCGACGUGUCGGUACUGGAGCUCCGGUCUACAUGGCCGCCGUUCUUGAGUAUCUCGCCGCUGAGGUGCUGGAGUUGGCUGGAAAUGCAGCCCGGGACAACAAAAAGAACAGGAUAAUUCCAAGGCAUGUAUUGUUGGCCAUAAGGAACGAUGAGGAACUUGGGAAAUUGCUUGCUGGUGUAACGAUUGCUCAUGGAGGUGUUCUUCCAAACAUAAACCCUGUUCUGUUGCCAAAGAAAAGCGAGAAAGCAGCUAGUAAAGAACCGAAAUCACCAUCAAAGACCCCCAAGGGAGCAAAAUCCCCAAAGAAGGCCUAGGUUUUUUCUUUCUAAUCUGAAAACUUGACUGUUCUUUGCCCAUUUGUAUGUACUUUGUUGGCCUUUUAGGAUCAUCUUCUGUGUUGUUUAUCAAUGUAAGCUUAAAACUGAAGAAUUGGGAGAGACUCUAUCACUCCCACCAUCGUAAUGAAUCAAACUCUGUACCGGUUAUGAUUGUUUAGCCAUCAA